AUGAAAGCCGAAGAUCGAGGUAUUGAUCGUACUCAAAAUAUUGGCAACUACCAAUCUCGAUUCGAAAUGUUCAUAAAAGGCUUAAAGAUGGAUGCCUUUGAGGUGUUCGGGUAUGCCAGAAAUAGUCCGCACAACUUAGCAAGCGAAGCUUUGAAAAAUAAAAACCUUUAUUGCGAUCUCGUUCAAAGCCUUGCUAAGAGCCCGAUCCUCUCACGAGAUAUAUCCAAUGCGGAUGGAGAACUGACACAGGUGGAGCCUGAUGACUGUGCUGGUAUCACGCAAAAAAACAAAGAUCCGGUCGUCUGGAUUGUACUGGCAUUUUGUAACAUGUCACAGAAUUCCCGACGGUAUCUUGCCGUUUAUUCCUUUUAA